UGUGCUCACCCAGCUGCUAUCUAUCCGUCUAAGUUGUCUUUAUCUCAAAUAUUCUUUGCCAAAGAUUAAUGGAGGACAUUUCGGAGGGUAUGAUCGAAGGGCCAUUGAUGGAUCUGGCCGAAAGGCAGGUCAUGACCAUCAAGAAAGAGUUCUUCAGAAUGACAAUGGAAGGCAAAUGGGAUGAAGUUGCCAAGCUGUUUGAUCAACAAGACGAAUGGGCUCCAACGGCCAAAAUCACCAAUUCAGGAGACACGGCAUUACACAUAGCUGUCUCCGUUGGCAACGAAGAUAACGUCACAAAACUUAUACAAUCAAUUCGGGAUCCAUCCCGACUCAGACAGGUUCUUGAGACUGGGAACGACCGAGGGAAUACCCCGCUCCAUUCUGCUGCAUCAAUGGGGAAUGUUGCCAUGUGUCAACGCAUUACAAGAGUUUAUCCAGAAUUGGUGGGUUGUAAAAAUAAUAACCAGGAGACCCCUCUUUUCAUGGCAGCACUCCAUGGUAAAAAAGCAGCUUUCUUUUGUCUUCACUCUAUCUGUCAGCUCGUUGCGGGAAGGGGUCGCUUGCUAUAUUCCAGGAGGAAGAAUGGUGACACCAUCCUUCAUUGUGCCAUUGCUGGGGACUACUUCGAUUUGGCAUUUCAAAUAAUUAAAUUGUAUCCGGAACUGGCGAGCCUUGUCAAUGAAGAAGGACUCACUCCUCUCCAUCUACUAGCGAGCAAACCUUCAGCUUUUAGAAGCAGUAGCCAACUUGAAGGAUACGACAAAAUCAUUUAUCACUGCAUAUUUCUUGAUCAACUCGAGGAGGACAUACCCGACUCCCAGCCAGAGGGAACCGAUAGUCCCGGGGAUAAAAAGAAUCUGACUUCAGAGAAAUGCAGAAUAUUCAACGACUUGUUGCAAUUGUUUUGGAGAAUGGUUCCAGGUGGGAAAAACAGGAAUGGAGAAGAAACAGAGACAAAGAAUGAAAGAAAAGAUAGAGAGGAAACAGAUGCAGAGAACCCUGGAGCUAAGGCAGGACGUCCAGGGUUAGGGGUCGAACAAAACUUUGAGCGGGAACCAUCUGAAUCAUCUGAUGCCCUGCCAAGUAUGAGAAUAAUUAGUCCCGGGAACGAAGAGACUCCGGCUUAUCCAGAGAACUACAGAACCUGCAACGACGUCUUCAAAUUGUUGUGGAAAAUGGUUUUAGUUGUCACAGGCAUAAAUAGAGGAAAAACCAAUGCGAAGAAAGUGCCAAAGGAAAGACAUGGAAUUGAAUUUCCAGCCAAUUAUCGCACCUGCAUUGAAUAUGUCAAGCUUGCGAACAAGGCAUUGCUGAUGUUUAUUGGAUUAGGACUCGGUACCGCAAUAACAAAGAUGGAGAGUAACAAACGGAAGCACGUAUGGGCCGUUCAAAUCAUGAACGAACUUCUAGAACUUUCUAUGAUCACAUAUGAUGAAGAGGCUUCCAGAUUUAGGGUUGGUGUGGCCGAGUUACCACAAUCCAGAACAAAUGAAUUGGAAGAAACAAUGGCUUACGAUCUUCAUCCAGAUCAACUGAUCAGUAGUGAAACUCCGCCCACUGAUUCUAUGGAAACUACGGGAAGUGAUGGGAUGGAGAAAACCCUUAAAACGGCGAAGAUGAUCUUAUCAAUUAAUGAUUCUAAAAGUGGCAUUAACGAUAUUGUGAACAAAGUAAAAGAAAUUUUUCCGAUUUCCAUACAAGAUAGGAAUGCUGGGAACAAAAAUCUAAUGAUGCUCGUAGAUCAGGAUCAAUCUCCUAAAAUGCCAAAGAAAUUAGAGACUCCAAUAUUACUUGCAGCAAAGAAUGGUAUCGCUGAAAUUGUGGAAAAAAUCCUGGAAGUCUAUCCAUUUGCCGUUAAUGACGUGAAUGAAGAUAAUAAGAAUAUAGUAUUGUUGGCGGUGGAGUACAGGCAACCAAAGGUAUAUGAAGUACUCUUGCGACGACGAUAUAGAUCGAAUGAGAGCAUGUUUAGACAAUUGGAUAAGGAAGAGAAUAGUGCCCUGCAUCUUGCGGCAAAGCUUGGAGACAAACGGCCAUGGCGAAUUCCCGGGGCAGCAUUGCAAAUGCAAUGGGAAAACAAGUGGUAUGAGUAUGUCAGGGAUUCCAUGUCCGACAACUUUUUCCCCCGCUACAACAAGAAGGGCGAGACCCCAAGCGACUUGUUCAUUGAAACCCACAGAGACCUUGUAAAGGAUGGUAGCAAGUGGCUAACAAACACUUCUCAAUCUUGUUCCGUCGUAGCUGCACUCAUCGCUACGGUGGCCUUUACCACCUCCACCACGGUCCCUGGAGGCUUUGAGACUAAUGGCCUUCCAGCUCUAAAAAACAAGCCUGGUUUUAACCUCUUCGCGGUCUCAUCACUCAUUGCUCUCUGCUUCUCGAUCACGGCCUUAGUCAUGUUCCUCGCCAUCUUAACAUCACGAUACCAAGAGAGAGAUUUUGGCAGGGACUUACCUAGGAAACUCUUGCUGGGUUUAACAUCUUUGUUCGUGUCCAUAGCCGCUAUGCUAAUUUCAUUUUGUGGGGGCCAUUUCUCUGUGCUGAAGGAGGAGCUAAAAUUUGCGGCGAUUCCAGUGUAUGCAGCGACAUGCCUACCGGUAACGUUUUUUGCUAUGGCGCAGUUUCUGCUCUAUAUUGAUCUUUUACGGGCUACCUUAAUGAAGGUGCCACAACGCAGCCACAAGGUGGAUCCCUGACGUUAAUU